UAUUUUAUUGUAGAUAUUUUUAAAUAUAACAACUGGUUAACGCGUAAUAUUAUUACAGUUAUUAUCGUACCAUUGCAAUUGGUAUUCUUCUUGAGUAUAUUCGGUAACAAUAUUUUAGAUAUUUUGAUUCCUUUAAAUCACACUCGCCCGCGGACAGUACCAAUUAUAAUUGAUUAUUUCGUCGAUCAACAAAGAUUUUUCUAUAUUUUUGGUAUGCAUUUGAACCUUAUUACCAGUUUCGGAGGAUUAGGAAUUAUAGCUACUGAAACAAUAUCUAUGGCUACGAUGCAACAUCUUUGUGGAUUGUUAAAGAUUACUAGCUAUCGUAUAAGUCAUACAUUUGUUGCAAACAUACCAAGAGUAUCUUCUGUAGAAAGAAAUAUAAUAAUUCGCAAAAAAGUGAUGUCAAUUGUGUAUUUACAUGUAAGAAUCAAAAAUUAUAUCAACUCCUUUCAAGAAAAAAUAAUAAUGUCAUAUAACUUUUUAAUGUUUGGUUUGAUUGCAUUUAGUAUUUCUAUGUUUGAACUUGUUAAAUCAAUAACAUUCAAAACUGAUACAAAUGAAUUAAUUUCAUCCCUAUUCUUCGUAAUUUGCUUUACUAUUUAUGGAUUUAUUCCUAAUCAUUUUGCGCAAGAGAUAAUCAAUCACAGUUCUAAUAUUUUUAUAGAUGCAUAUAAUACAGAAUGGUAUGAGCUCCCAGUGAUAGAACAAAAAUUAAUAUUGUUCAUCAUGCAGAACAAUUUGAAACAUCUUAAUUUCGUGUUAUUGGGUUCUAUGGUUGCAUCUUAUCAUGUAUACACAACAGUAAUGAAAAUGAUUAAAAUAAUAGUUAAUUUCACUGUAUGUGACUGUUUAUCAAAAUUAGAUUAUUUCAGAUACUACGUACGGCAUUUUCGUAUUUUAUGGUAUUUAACAAAUUGUCGAUUGUUAACUCCUUAUCCUAUAACGACGAGUGAAACUCAUGAUAAGAAAUUUGGGCCAAAAACAAUAAACACGAAUCUGACUCAUGAUACUUUAUUCGAACCAAACAUAACCAACAUGAGUCAGACUCGUGGUUCUUGUAUCUUCUUACUUUAG